GCCCCGCAAAAGUGCUACGAACCAUCUACGAACAAAAAUUACGAUUGCUAUGAUGAGCUGACAUGCGAUUGUUCACGUGUUUUCGAUUCAUCCACUCACCAAAUGACGAAUCACAUCCAGCUGAUAUGACGACUCUAACAGAAACAUGGAGGACGGCUUCGCUAGCGACGAGCCUUUUGUUUACCGACUGAAUGACAACGGAUCGGGGCCUAGCCUUCUUGUCAAGGUUUGCGCAGAGCGAGGAUGGCGAGUGUACCAGGGUUACAAUACCGGAGAGGAGAAUAAAUGGAAUCUUUGGUGGCGGACAAGCGCGUUCCCUGCUGCUUGUUACAAGGCUCUAGGAGACUGGCAGUUUAUGAACCACAUUCCCAAGGGAGGCUCCAUAUGUCGCAAAGACAAUUUAUCCCGGCUCUUGCGGUGUAUGCGACGUAUCUACGGAUCUAUUUACGAUUUUAGUCCACCCUGCUACCACCUUCCCUUAGAAUACGCUAAGCUGGUGUCCGAAUGUUCGCGACUUCGGCGCAGCGAAGAUGGCAAUGGCGCCAAUGUAGUCUGGAUACACAAACCAGUGGCUCAGAGCCAGGGACGUGGAAUAUUUCUCUUCAGAAGUAUUUGUGAAAUGCGAUGUGGGACAGCGGCAGUAGUUCAGCGGUAUAUAGAAAGACCCUUGUUGAUCGCUGGGUACAAGUUCGAUCUUCGAUUGUACGUCUGUGUGCCUGGGUACCGACCUCUCACUGCUUAUAUGUACGCCGAGGGGCUGGCUAGGUUUGGUACGGACAAGUAUACACUAUCUGAUAUCCAUAAUCCAUACAGACAUUUAACGAAUUCGUCUCUAAACAAAACGGGACCAAGAUAUGCAGAGUGUAAAGACAGGAUAGGCAGUGGUUGCAAGUGGACCUUGAAGCAAGUGCGGCGAGCUCUGAUAGGUAGAUGGGGCGUGACUGAGUGGUUAGUAUGGCAGCGCAUUAGAGCAUUGGUGACUUUGACUCUAUUGGCACAAGCUGCUGGGACACCCCCUACAAGGAAUUGCUUCGAAUUCUAUGGCUUUGAUGUUCUUUUGGACGACUCCUUGAAACCUUGGUUGAUUGAAGUCAACCUUUCACCGGCACUAGGGGCAGAUUGCGAAGCUGACGUCAUAGUGAAGCAGCCGAUGCUCCAUGAGUUGUUCGACUUACUAGGAUUACCUAUGAGGCAUACCGGGCUCUCCCUUCUGCAAGGGCCCCCUGCGGCUAUGCUACAUAGCUGUAGUUCCGAGGACGAAAGUGGUAGUGUUCCCCGUACUUUGCAGUCCAGGACGCCCAUUGCGGCGCACAGACGAGGGACUCGCCGGCGAAGAAUUAUGCCGAUUACUUGUGUUACCUUGCAGCCGCCUUUAACUGACAAGUUACCGGAUAUGACGGAUAAGAAUAGAGAAGUAAAUAGCGGUAGAGUCUCCAAAACCUCUUCAGAUAUUAGGGCAGAAUCCGAUGUUCAGUCGUCUUCAAGUGUGGCUACGUCACCAGCUGAGCCCGUCGACGAAACUUGGCGGGGUGGAUACGCUACAGCAGCCUCGCGUCGGCGGAUGCAAAGUGCUUGUUCAUGGGGCAAUGGCGUGCGGUGGAGUCAGGCCGUCGGCAGUGUGGGGCACUGGAUUCGAAUAUAUCCACACACGUUGCCAACAGACGAACAAUUACCGAUGGAAGAUGUACGUGACAGUGUAGGACAAGUGUCAAAGUUCGUGAAAGCUGCACGUGAGGUGGCACGUGAGAGCGGCCGCGAUACUCGCCCGCGCGACGAUGCGCGAGACGCGGUUUUCGAGGCCGCACUACGCAAUAAACUUGGGUACGGCUCACACUUUCAAGUGUGGUUGCCUCCUUUUUGAUGUGUUCAAUUAUCCUAAGCAAUGUAGCUAGAUAAAAUAAAUGC